GACCAACCAACGCACAGACAAAAGGCGGGCGAAUUUCAGAGGCACACUUCCGCAAUCGGCGCGGCCGCCGCCGCAACGUGCCCCCUGUGCACUGACGUCUUCCACAUCCGGAGGGUGUUUCCUCGCGUUGUCGCCGCUCGCAUCAGACGGGCCGCCUUGCACGAUGGUGAGAUGGGCAGCGAGGAACCCGCCAAGACUGGCUACCUGCACGUCCUACACCAGGGAUUCCUCAAGAAGUCGUGGUUGCACAAGUACUGUGCCCUGUACGAUAGCGGCCGUCACGGCGUGAAGCGACUUGAGGUGUACGACUCGGAGGAGAGCUUCUCUCGCCAUGCCCAGCAAAAGUGCAUCACCUUGGAGGACUGCAUUAAGGUCGUGCCCGCGUUGCAGAAGCAGCAGCCCAACGUUUUCGAGGUGCAUACGCGGACUCAGAGCCAGCACUUCUCGGCCGACUCGUUCAGCGAGAUGACGGAGUGGAUCGAGGCGAUCAGAGGCGUCACGUUUGGACAGCAGGCUGUCGCGACAUCAGCAGCGCAGGAUUCGCCCACCCUGGAGGAGGAGAACACCCUGUACGGAUCUCUAGAUGCUCCGCACGUGUUUCGGGUGCGCGCCCUGCCGACGGAGGCCGGCGAGCGGUGCGGCCUACGAGGCUCAUUCUUUCUGCUGGUCGGACCCCGGGGCGUGACGCUGGCCGAGCGGGGCCCACGCGGCGCGCUGGGCGCCGCGCUGCUCUGGUGGCCGUACAACAGCAUCCGCCGGUACGGCCUUCUGGCCGGCACCUUCUCGCUUGAGGCCGGACGCAAGGCGGCCUCCGGCGAGGGCCUCUUCAGCUGGCACGCCACCGAUGCCGAAGACAUCUUCCGCGCGGUCGCCUCGUGCGUGCGCGCCUCGCUGGACGGCUCGGCGCUGCUCGAACAGCUGGAGCAGCACUGCUACGAGAACGUGCCCCUGGUUCAGAACGCUGGGGGGGACUCUGAAGACGUGCAGCACGUGCGCCGUAACGGCGACGAGUAUGCCGUGGUGCAGAAGGCCGAAAAUCUUUCAGCCGCAGUAAAAGAAAAAAAAAAACGUCACUUCACUCGCUCGUCUCCCACUCGGGUAGGCGCGCAAGCCCGCAGGAAGUGGGGUAGUUGGCAAAACUUUGGGACGAAUGUAUAGCGACUGCCUUGAUAUA